AUGCCACCCAUCCGCCGAUAUCUCAGAAUCAGCAAAUACUCCAUCCUAGAAUGUCGCAUCUACCUCGACAACCCGUCUGACACCCGAUGGCUGCUCGACUCCCGCAACCCCGUGCUCCCGCGGAUCUUUGCCGCCAUCCGACCGCUCGUCCUGCCCAAGUUGCGUGAGGCGAAUGAACGGCUUUUAGCCAGGAAGAAAGGGAAUCCGGUUAAAGAUGUGAUCGCCGAGGAUGAUUUCGAGGUUGCUUUGUUCCUUCGUGAAUCCCGCACGCGUCAUUCGCUUCUCACCCGACAAAAGACCUUCGAGGACUCCGACGAUGCACAAAAAAGGAAACCCGUAGAUCGGGCUGCCGGUUCAGCUGAUACGGGGAUCCUAGUCGAAAGCGACGAUGAGGCAGAGGCAGAGCCGAGCCUGCACAAUAUCCCUGCCGCCACAGAUGACGACACGGCUACCAAGCGACCAGCAGAGACAGAUUCACCCGACGCAUCACCAGAGCGCCUGCGAUCAUCAAAAAGACAAAAAGGGAAACGCGCAGCGUCGGAUGAGGACCAAGAUGAGAAGAAACUCCGGUCCCGGACGAAUUACGAGAGUUUCAACAUCUACGGCUGGGUGCUGUGCCUGUUGGUCACGCGCAAAGGCGUCGCCGCUAAGCAUGCUCACACGGCUGAGCCAAAGCACCAGGUUCUCAUGGAGGAAUGGAUGGCCACCCAGGCACAGGGGGAUAUGGACGAGGAGUAA